AUAAGACAGGCUUUUUUGUUGUUGUUGUUUAGAAACUCAACUUUUUAAAAAUAUUGGUAAUAUUUCUCUGUUGCCCUCCCUCAAACUACACUUUUCAUCCCCCGGUAACCAAAAACCACACUCAUGGUGUACGGCUGACACAAAGUUGACUUGUCACUGCAUGUAUGAAACAUCAGGACAAAGUGCAGAAGUGUCUAAGCUCACAUCAUCUGCUAGUGUCAUUAUGGUAACGGUAAAGAUGGACUGAGCUACUCUGAAUGAAGUUUUAAUAGAGAGCUGCAUCUCAACCCACAACCAGCAGUUCCCCAGCACAGAUUUCGGGCUGUGUGCGUUUCCAUAGGACCACUUUGUUUGGUAAGGGAUUGGAGGCAGUAAUGCAUGUUUCCUCCGUAUGAACCAAGCGACAGCUGUCCUGCAACAUGUGGCUGUGGGCAUUACUCCCCGUCUGUCUGGCAGUCUUUGGCACUGUGGGAAUUUGGACUGUAUUUGCUGUAGCUGUAACAAAUGGAUCAGUGAACCUCACAGAAGGAGUCCCUUACAUCAGUCAGUGUGGCACUUACAACCCUCAGAGCUGUCUCUUCGCCCAGAUCUGCAACAUCUGCUCUGUUUUAGCUCUGUGGAUAGUGGUGAUCCGUUUCCAGCAGGUUAGGGAUUUUGGUAACCAUGGAAAAGCCAAUAUUGCCAGCAUUGUUUUAGGAUUCAUCUCCUCUACAGGAAUCUCUGUCAUUGGAAACUUCCAGCAAUCAGUCUUGAAGAGUAUUCACCUUUUGGGAGCGUUCCUGGCUUUCUUCCUCGGCAUGGCCUACUUCUGGGUGCAGCUGUUUCUAACCUAUCGGGCUCAGCCGUCUCAGGACCGAUGCUGCAUUGGUCCUGCCAGGGCGACCUGCUGCAUCCUCUGUACCAUCUUGGUCAUCAGUAUGACUGUUCUCCACAAUACAGGCUAUCCCUCUGAGGCCGCUGUGUGUGAAUGGGCCUUGGUCAUGGUGUUCUUCAUGCUGUUUGGCCUUUUUGCAGCCGAGUUCAGACACAUCGACUGCCACCACCUCAAUGUACAGAAACAAGCUCCUGGGAAUGACUGCAACACUCCCUCAAUAGAAAUAAAUAGUUAUGUCGCAAAAUGCACUUAGCUGAAAACACACACACACACACACACACACACACACACACACACACGGUUGGAAAACAACGAUCCUGUUGGGCCUACAGUUGCCAUAUUGUCUAAUGUAGGUAUAAUGCCGUAUAGUGUUAGUGUUAGUGUAGAGUUUGCUGCUUUAGUGUCUUUCAGUGACUCAACUAGGAGUUUCUCUUAUUCUAUUUAUUAUAUAUUUUCCAUUUGAAUCAAUAUAUAUACAAUAAUAAUAGAUUUGUUUUAUAGAUCUAUAUUUGUAUCUUUUAACAAAAGCUGUAUUUGAAACUUUCUGAACAUUGUUAUCUCAUACUUCUAUCAAAUGUUUAUAAGAUUUACAACCUUUACCUUUUCAUGUCAUCCUGCCGUUCCAUGAUACACACAUAAAGAUUGUAAAGAACACAUUAUGUUUCUAUUUCUUUAAAAUGAUAAUCUAGCUAUUGUUUUUAUGACUAACUGAUUUCCUUGCCUGCCGAUAAAAUGGCUUGUUUUGUUCAACCCCAGAAUUAGUUUGGUCACGAGACAGAAAAAGAUCCCUACAGCUGAGAAUCUUGAACUAGAGAAGUAGAAGAAUUAGGCUUGAAGUAGGCUUGAAAAAUAACCUGAAAGAUUAUUCAGUGAUCAAAAUAGUUGUUCUUUGUGUUUCUGCUUUUAACUGACUGAUUGUUCCAGCUCUAAAAAUAGUCAAGGCUGCAUGUAAUUAGACAGAGCUUAUAAAACUAAACCUGCACUGCAAUAAAUAUGUACUAACACAUGGUGGCACCGUUCCACUAUCA